CGUCCGACGUUCAUUCAUUCGCGUUCCGUGUGCCAUUCCGUCGUGUUGUGCGUGUUCAGUUUACCGCCGUGAUUAAUCACUUGAUCGUUUGUUUUUUAUACGCACCGUGUUAUCACACCGCACACAUUUAUUACAACAUUGUCGUUAAGUUUUUUUUUUUUUUAUAUAUACAUUAAUAUAUAACCUCGGGUUGAUUUUUAUAUCUAGUUUAUAAAAAUAAUAAGAGUACAUCACACAGUCUUCAAUAAACCGUGUGUGGAAUAAGUGAAAAGGUCUGUAAGCGCGGGCGCUUGUAUCAUACUAACUAAAAUGGUAAAUAACUCGUCCAGCUGCAUGAUGUUGGACGAAGCGUUCUACGACGAUCCUCUUAUACCCAAAGUUGAAACCCACACCAAUGAAGUGAACUUCCUAAAAAGACCGAUGACAUUGGAUUUGAACUCUUGCAAUAACGAAAACUCAGCUAAAAAACUGAAAGUCCUGCCACCUUUGUUGACGUCACCCGAUCUACGCAUGCUCAAGUUCAGCUCUCCCGAGUUGGAAAGGUUCUAUAUAUCCCAACAGACCGCUCUUGGCCAUAUCAGCACACCUACACCAUCUCUAUUUCCUAAGUCUGUGACUGAGGAGCAAGAAAUGUAUGCCCAACCAUUUGUCGAAGCGCUCAAAUGCCUACACCACAACAAUGAUUCUAACAGUGCCACUCAAGUAGAAAUACCAAUGACCAGCAGUGGUAGUAAUUCUUCAGAAUACCAAUCUGAACCCCAGUACUCUGUGUUAAUGACUUCAAAUGACUUUUCCAAUAUUAUUCCUCAACAUGUUAUCAAAGAAGAACCUCAAACCGUACCCAGUGUCACCUCAUCAUCACCACCCAUGUCACCUAUCAACAUGGAAUCCCAAGAAAAAAUCAAACUUGAAAGGAAAAGACAAAGGAAUCGAGUGGCUGCAUCCAAAUGCCGUCGAAGAAAAUUAGAGCGUAUUGCCAAGCUAGAAGAUAAAGUUAAAAUACUGAAAAAUGAAAAUUCUGAACUUACCACAGUAUUGAAUAGACUCUUGGAACAGAUAUGUCAAUUAAAACAAACGGUUGUCGAACACAUGCAUAAUGGAUGUGAAUUUGCAGUCAACUGCCUGUGACCUUUAAUAAUGAACACGGAUGAAUUUAUCAAAAACAUCCUAAAUUUGGGUGUUACUUCCUGCCUGUCUGUGAGUUUUUCAUAUUUUUCUACAAAAUUUUUAAUGAACCGAUAUUAUUGCUUCAAAAGUUGCUCAAUUUCUUUGUAGCCUAUUUUAAUAUGUUUCUUUUUAUAUGUUUAAAAUGUAUGUAAUAGUGUAUACUAU